AUGAAUGACAUUGAGCAGCUUAACAGUUUGUUUUACUGUCUUUACUGUACGUCUAUACCAUUGCACUCGCAGAGUUGGCCAGGUCUACCAAGGGGUGUAGAAUUUAAUCCCAGUGAUAGUGAUCUUCUGUGGCAUCUAGCAGCAGAAGUUGGGAACGCUCUAGCUGAGCGCCAUCCAUUUAUCAACGAGUUCAUUAAAUUUGUUGAUGAUGUUAGAGAAUUUAUUUGCACUCAUCCUCAACAUAUACCAGGUGUUAGGCAAGAUGGUCGUGCAUCAUACUUCUUCCAUAGAAGUUUUGAGCCCUACAUCAAUGAGAAUGAUGUAAAUAACUGCUUGAAGAAAAUUGGAAGCCAUAGAUCCAUCAUCCUGGAUGGAACACUGAUGGGUUGCAAGGAAGUGUUUGCCCUGUAUGCAGACAUGCCGAGUGAUAAAAGAUCUCAGGAAACUGAUUGGAGAUUACAUCAGUAUCAUUUACAAAACACAGUGAAGGCAGAGUCAGAGAUAGUGGCGUCGAAAAUAUUCCUUGCAUCACGGAACAGUCUGUGUGAAUUGGCCGAGGAAACUCAUAUUGAAUCUGAAUGGGUACUACUUUCUUAUCAAUGUCCAUUUGUAUAUAUAAGAUUAGAAAUUCCUAUAAUAUUUGUCUUGUAGUUUCAAGUCAAGUCUUGCGUCCUCUGACUUGUCAAUUAUCAUUACUAAAGGACAGUUGAAAUAUGAUGGAUCAAUCCCACCGCA